AUGAUGAUAUUAUUAUCAGAUUUAUAUAUAACAAAUCGAUUAACAACAACACUUUUAUAUAUAUAUCAAAUGAUGCAACUAUUUCAAACAAAUUAUCAUUUAUCAUCAAUUAUUUAUAUGCAAUAUGAAAUUACAUUAGAUUCAUCUUAUACUUAUAUGUAUGUAUUACAAGAACGUUGUUUUUUAAUUGUUGAUUAUCAAGAUGGAUCAAAAUAUAUAUAUAAUUUUCAAACUGGAGAAAUAUUAAAACAAUUAACAUUAACAUCAUCAUCAUUACCUAUUUUAUCAUUAUCAUUACGUUCUGAUGGUCCUUUUCUUGCAUAUAUAUAUCUUCAAGAACAGUUAUAG